CAGCCUGUUCAGUCUCCUUAUCAAAGACUCUCAAGUAAUGGUACGCGUAUACCUGAUCCAAACGCUUCUGGGAUUCUUGGUGCAGCUCCGUCAGACAACAGACACUUCAGUAAUGGGAGGCCUUUCAGAACGCAUCAGGCUGGCUUCCCCCAAGACAUGGUUUCUCGUCGGGUAUCAAGUAGGAUUUCAUGCAUGAUUGAGGAUCAAUGCAAAGUGGGCAGUUUUUUCCUAGCUGUUUGGCUUUUGGAUAUUUGCCGGAAACUGUCUGUCCGGGGGACCACAAAUUUUGCAGAUAGUUUUUUCCCGUGUUUUGAAAAUUUUGGACUGCUUUUUCAGAGGAAAAUUGUCCUCCUAAUCAGUGGCAAGGCAGAGAUAAUUUGAGGAUCCCUCAAGAUGUGUAGGACAGGACUUGGCCAAUCAAAUACAUGGAAUCUUUCUAGUUAUCUUUUCUUUUUGCUAAUUUUCUUUUCUUAUGAGUCCAGUGGCUCUAAUUUCAUUUUCAUUAGUACAUAGUGCAAUAGGCGAAAAAAGAUUCCCCAUGGUGAUUUGCUAUAAAACCAAUGGGAAUGACAUUUUGUAUGUAAAGUGUACAUUAUGCAAUUUUGAUUAUUCAAUAUGAAUUUCUAUUUUACCAGAGCAGCGUUUAGUAUUCUGUCAUUCUACCAUUGCUAUUGUCUAAUGCAUCUUUGUGUCAAGGCUGGAGCUACCACCUAAAUGUUGAGCAUUGUAUACUUGUAACCACGCCUAGUAGUAACCCACACUCCAUUCAUUGGUGUGUCAUUUUUUUCUCAAUCACUCGACGGUGUGCUGCCUGGGAUUCGGAUUGUCUUUACCCUCCGCUUUUUACUGUUAUUUAAAUCCCUGAAAUUCUAAAUAUUUGCGGCAACCAGGACAGCGUAGCCCAUUUCACCUUGGGUCUCUGGCUUUUUGAUUGUCAUGUUAUCUGAAAUUGUGCCUGGGAAUAUGCUACAGUGUGCUUAUGCAAGUUUAUGCUGGUGAGACCAUAUGUGAUGUGACUCCCAGGGCUUGGACAGGAAACUCCAAACUCGUACAAGGGUGGUGUAAAAAUCAUAUGGAGUAGUGUUUCUUAUUCUGCUUGAGCAUAUCUACAACCCUGAAAGGUGAAUUAAUGCUUCAUGCUGCUGUCACUAUAGCUUCUCAUUCAUCAAAUUCAGUAUUGCGUCCCUUCCAUUCCCUUUCUCGUUGUCUCACCACUUCAUCUAUUGGGCAAAAUAGCAAGACUGGAAUCAAUGCGGCUGAUAGUGGGCUUGUGGAUUUCUUUGAUCACCUUCUCCAGCAAUGCAUCAAUGGAGACCAUCUCAGACAACUCAAGCAAACCCACUCUCAGAUCAUUCACACUUCAACGUUUUUGUCGCCUUUCUUGGCUGCCAGACUUGUGUCUGUGUACUCAAAAUUUGGGCUUCUUAAGGAUGCACGCAAGGUGUUUGACACAAUUUCUAAGCUUGAUGAAAGUUUCAUUACGAGAAAUAUGCUUUUGUGGAACUCAAUAUUAAGGGCUAAUGUAGUGCAGGGGGAGUAUAACGAGGCGCUUCGGCUGUACUGUGAGAUGAGAAAAGUUGGGGUUUUGCCGGAUGGGUUUGGUUUUCCUUUAAUUGUAAAGGCUAGCGGUAGGGCCAUGGUGGGCGAAAGUAACUAUAAACUGUGUACAAGUGUUCAUUGCCACGUGGUCCAAUUGGGGUUCCGAGAUCACAUGCAUGUUGUCAAUGAGUUGUUGGGAAUGUAUGGAAAGAUUGGGCGAAUGGAUUUUGCGUGUAAAUUAUUUGAUAGAAUGCCUGUGAGAACUCAAAUUUCAUGGAAUGUUAUGGUGUCUGGUUUUGCAAAUAAUUCUGACUGUGAAAAUGCUUCUAAGAUGUUUGAUAGGAUGGAAUUAGAAGGGUGACCUAAUUGUGUGACUUGGACUUCUUUGUUAUCAAGUUUUUGUAAAUGUGGGCGUGGUGGGGAGACAUUAAGAUUGUAUAGAAUGAUGAGGGAGAAAGGCGUUGAGGUUACGGCUGAAGCGGUUGCAGUGGUUCUGUCAGUUUGUGCUGAUAUGAAUGCAUUUUGCAAGGCUGCAAACUUACAUGGAUAUGUUUUAAAGGGUGGGUUCUCCAACUAUUCAUUUGUGGUAAACUCGUUGAUAUGUGUGUAUGGAAAAAACUGUAAUGCGAAAGAGGCAGAGAGUUUAUUUUCAGGGUUGGAAUCAAAGAAUAUAGUCAGCUGGAAUGCUUUGAUAUCAUCCUAUGCUGAAUCAGGGUUAUGUGACGAGGCUUUUGCUCUGUUCUCACAGAUGGGAAAGUUACAUGAUGGUUAUGCAGAGUUAAAACCAAAUGUAAUAACUUGGAGUGCUGUUAUUGGUGGAUUUGCCGCAAAGGGAAGGUUUGAGGAGUCUUUGGAAAUCUUUCGGCAAAUGCAGAUUGCUGAAGUAGCAGGCAACCCUGUCACAAUUGCUAGUAUUUUGACUGCUUGUGCGGGGUUAUCGGCACAUUGUCUAGGGAAAGAAAUCCAUGCCCAUGUCACCAGAACUCUGCUAGACAAAAAAGUCUUGGUAGGAAAUGGAUUGAUCAAUAUGUAUAUGAAAUGCGCUUGCCCCGAGGAAGCUAAUUUAGUAUUUGAAGGAUUAGGUACUAGGGAUCUAUUCUCGUGGAAUACAAUGAUUGCUGGGUAUGGGAUGCUUGGACUUGGUGACACUGCUUUAAAGUUCUUUUAUAACAUGAUCAACAUAGGAUUUAAACCUGAUGAGGUUACAUUUGUUGCUGUUCUUUCUGCAUGUAGUCAUGCAGGUCUUGUUGCAGAGGGUCGCAAGCUUUUCGACCAGAUGGUUAGUUUUAGAAUUGAAUCUCAGAUGGAACACUAUGCUUGCAUGGUUGAUCUGCUUGGCCGUGCUGGCUUAGCUGAAGCAAUUGACUUUGUGAAAAACAUGCCAAUUGAACCGAAUGCAUGUGUUUGGGGAGCUCUAUUGAACUCUUGUAAAAUGUAUAAAAAUACAGAUGCUGCAGAAGAGACUGCUGCUCAAAUUUUUGGUCUUGAACCUGAGAUGACUGGCAGUUACAUGUUGAUAUCUAAUUUAUAUGCUGCACAGGGAAGAUGGGAGGACUCUGCUAAAGUAAGACACUCAGCAAAGACAGUGGGGCUGAAGAAAAGCCCUGGACGGAGUUGGAUUGAGGUGAAGAAGAAAGUGCAUGCAUUCUUAGCUGGAGAAGCUUUAGACUGGAUGGAGGAAAUAUAUAGGGUACUGGAUUGUUUAAGUCUUCAAAUGGAGAUGGAGAGUUAUGCAUUAUGGCAGAAGUCCACGUCUCAGUUAGCACUCGAAGAAGAAUGUGUGGCAUAUAUUUGAAGGGCGUAAUCCACAGCCAUUCCCUGUUCUCCACAAUUUCAUGUCUUCCUAAUUAACUCCCCAAGUUUUUCUUAAUACUCAAAAACUGCCCAUGCAAUAUGGAUUUGGUUAGAAGUAUCCAUAUCACAAUAAAUGGUUCUCUUGUUCAGCUAUAA